GGUUCAACGUUGCGUAGCCACCGGAAUCUUUUGCAUCUUUAAUUUUCGCACAACUGAACUCCGUCAGCGACGCGGUUUUUUCACCUCUUAACCUCAAAAUUGAACGAAAUCGCUUCAGAAUUAAUUUUCAGUAUUGUUUACUUGCGAGCAUGCAACAGAUGGGCGGUCCAUUCUAGAACAGGAACGGUCCGUUUCAUCCAAUGGACGGUCGAUAAGGAGUCUCUUGAGCGGACGACUGAACGGAUCCGAAGAGAAUUUGAGGAUAGAAAUGACCCUGACUGCCUACCUAAAAUACUGACCCGAAAAAUUUCAAACACAUGAAAUCAUUCAAAAAAACCUCGGAAAUCCGGUUUUUAGAGUGAUAAACAUAUUUAGAACCCACGCAAUCUCUUAAGCCUUUGAUCGUGUGUAGGAACAUCUUGUGGCCGGUAACAAAGCCCUAUUUGCCCAACCCUUCGGAAGAUAAGUUCGACUAGAGGAAAUCAAGAAUAGCGAGUAUUCUCGCGCAACGAUUGAAGAAUCGAUCAAACGUCUAUUUCAUAUUUCUUUAGUAGCAAUUGACAUAGAGUCAUUAGCGCAGCAAAGUAAUUUUCGCCAAUGUUGGAAAAUGACGAAGAAAUUAGAACCAAAAUUUCGCAAUUUACGUGACAGAUUGCGAGAUAAUCUGAUGCGUAUAGGAAGUCAAGAGCUUUAGGCAUCGUUUGAAACUCCUUAAUUAUAACAAUCAUUAGCUAGUAAAAGGAAAAAGUUGAUUCCGACUUGGUAAAAGCUAUUAGAGUUUUUUCUCUCGUUUUAUUUUACCAUACUCACAUUUACUCGGAGCUUUAACACUCAAAUUUCAGAUCCAACAUUUGAAACUAUGCAAGUCCUUUGUAUCGUUCAGUUACUAUUGCUGCUAUCCUGGAGCAGUCCAACGAUAGGUCAAUGCGGAAAUGAAGACUGGACAAGCACAUUUGCAAUAGCUGGUGACUCUACUUCUCAAUGCACGAGUAGUGUCUCCUAUGUCAAUGGACUGAGAAGCGAGGGUUAUGGUGCCCUGUUAGAAACUGGACCUGGUGUUGUUAAGGCAGCUAAAUGCUGCUCUGUUGACCAGCCAUACUCUCAGGAGAGUAACGAUUGUUAUCAGGCCCAGUGGUGGACUGAUUUGCAGCGCCAUAAUUCGUGGGCAUUGUGCGAGAGGCCGGGAUACCAUCUACGCGGGUUUUUCACCGUUGGGAGAAAUUUCUUGGCUGACAUCGGCGAGGGUGUUUGCUGUAAACCCGAGAGUCACCCAGAUCAAGAUGGACCAUAUAGAGAUAUCAAUGUUAAUUUCACAACAGAUGGAAUGAAGCAGUGUCCAAAUGGCAUGUUCCUUAAGGGAUUGUACAAAACAACAUGUUCCACGAUAGACUGUCUAACGAAGAUCAGAUGCUCCGAAUUGAUUCCAGGAAUCGUUCACGGUGGCUGGUCAAACUGGGGAAACUGGAGUCCCUGCCCUGUGACUUGCGGGGGCGGCACUCAGAUAAGAUUCCGCUCGUGUACAAACCCGCCACCAUCAAAUGGAGGAAGCAACUGUGUUGGAGAUCCGGUGGAACUACAAGGAUGUAACCUGAACCCAUGCUGUAUGUUCGAUAACUAUUUUGCAUAUAAUGUUGCAAAAGUAUAAAACAGCGGCUGGCCUGCUUAGCAGUCCUAAGCAGGGAGACAGAUGGAAGACAUUAGCUACAACGUUUACGAUUCCCUUCACCCAUUUUCCCAACUUUUCUAAGCAAAUGGGCCAACCAGAGCAUGGCUUACUCGUAUCAUGCUAUUUCAUACAGAAAGAAUAUUGACAAAUGGUAAAUUUUGAGUAAAAUCGAUGAAUGAUACGGCAUCUUCUUGAGGUAACGAUCGAGCUCAAUGUCCUUGAUCUGAAAGAUGUCGGGAUAUGGGGGAGGGGGGCACAUCUUCAUUCAGCCAAGCGUAUACCGCUUAGAAUGUUAUUUGCAUAUUGUUUAGAGGCUCAAGAAAAACAAACUUUACAGUCUUUUUUUAUAAACGUUUUGUGACAAAUUAGAGUCUUUAGCAUAUAACUUCUCUAAAAGCUGAUUAUUUGCCAAGCCAAUUUUGUGUUGCUUUUGAGAUACAAAGAUAAAC